AUGACUAAACUCAUCCUUAUCCUUGCCGCACAAAUCCUCCUCUUCGCAGCCAUUGCUUCCACCGGAGACUUUGCAAGAACAAUGAACCAAGAACACCUCGGCCUCCCCAAGAAGGAGAAACUCACCCAUAUCCGAGUCUAUUGGCAAGACUCCUUAAAAGGUCGAAACCCUAGCGCCGUCAUGAUCCAACAGCCCGUCUCGAACUCCUCCACAUUCGGAUCGGUCACCAUGAUGGAUGAUCCACUAACAUUGGAUGUGUCGAGGAAUUCGACUGUGGUGGGCCAGGCCCAAGGGAUUUACGCCGGAGCCGCGCAAAGAGAGAUUGGCUACUUGAUGGUGAUGAACUUUGCUUUCAAGACCGGCAAGUACAAUGGGAGUACAAUCACGAUUCUUGGUCGGAACCCGGUGUUCUCAAAGGUUAGGGAAAUGCCGGUGGUUGGAGGAAGUGGAAUGUUCCGGUUCGCUAGAGGUUAUGUCGAGGCUCAGACCAUGCCGUCUGAUUUCGAUGCAGGAGAAGCCACUGUUGAGUAUAACUGUUAUGUCUUGCAUUACUGA